GAUUAUUUUGUAUUUUCGUGAUGUGACAUUUUUCUGGUGAAAAGCAACAAAGAUGCAAUCGACGCAACUAGUGAUACGAUGUUUCUGGGCUAUGUCAAUAUUCGUAUUAGCAGCGGGUAGAAUUCACAAACUCGAAAUACGGAAAGACAUACGGCGAUUCAUUGCGUUAAGUACCUUUGGUUUCUACAAAGGAGGUACUCUCGAUGUAAAUUUAACAAACUUCAAAGCUGACCCAUUUGACGAGAAUGCCUUGUUUGGAUUCACUUUGGAUCGUACCAUAAGCGAUCCGCUGAAUCCAUAUUUAGACAAUCACCGGGAAGGAUGUGAACUCCAAGACAUUUCGAGCGCCAAGCCCGAUUUCGAUCAAAGAAAUGACAGCGCCAUAAUAUAUUUCACAAUGGACCUCAAGAACAACUUGUUGAAGAUAAACUGUAGUCGAAACGUACACAUCGCACAUAUUUAUAAAGAUUUCAGCAACGUGUUUCUAAUUCGGGAGAGAAGAGAUUCUUUUCCACCCAGGUUCAACGAUAACAUUCUUCCGGGUAACGAAAGAACUAAUAUCGAAGAUGAAUCUGAGAUGGGAUUAGACGGUAACGUUUGUUCUGGUCAAACGACCCCGUUCGCGAUGACCGUACAGACCGUGAAAGGAGAAAAGUAUUACAAUACAAGUUUUUCUAUGUAUAUUGCCAGUGCGGAAGAAGAAGGUCUCUAUAAUCUUUAUUUCUAUAAUUGUCCAAAUUAUAAAUUUGAUACCCAGGUAGCAUUGGAUUUCACGAUACAAAUAUCGGAAAUUAACAAUGGAAAUUUCCUCAGUGCAGGUGAAAUGCCUUUACCAGCUCUAUAUUUCAUGAUGGCACUUUUAUUCUUUCUGUCAGGUUGUUUCUGGGUAUUUAUUCUUAAGAAGAGCAAGCACCCUGUUUUUAAGAUUCAUUACUUAAUGGCGGUUUUGGUGUACCUGAAAUCCAUGUCAUUACUCUUCCAUGGGAUUAAUUAUCAUUUUAUUCAAACAAAAGGGGAGCAUGUUGCUGCUUGGGCAAUUCUAUAUUAUAUCACACAUUUAUUGAAAGGAGCUGUACUUUUUAUCACCAUUUUAUUAAUUGGCACUGGGUGGACAUUUAUUAAACACAUUUUAGCUGAUAAAGAUAAGAAGCUCUUUAUGAUAGCAAUACCGUUACAGGUAUUGGCAAACGUGGCAGAAAUAAUAAUCGAAGAAAGCGAAGAAGGAGAUAUAGAGUAUAAAACAUGGCGAGAUGUUUUUAUUCUCGUGGACUUGCUUUGUUGCGGUGCUAUUAUAUUUCCAGUAGUUUGGAGUAUUAAGCACGUAGAGGAAGCUGCACACAUAGAUGGCAAGGCAGCUAUCAACUUACGCAAGCUCAAACUUUUUAAGCAUUUCUAUAUUAUGAUAUUUUCUUACAUUUACUUUACCAGAAUCGUAGUGUACUUACUUAAGAUUACAGUACCUUUCCAAUACGAAUGGUUAGAUGAAAUGUUCCGAGAAAUGUCUACAUACGUCUUUUUUGUUCUUACCGGGUAUAAGUUCCGAGCAGCAUCUGCGAAUCCGUAUUUUACAUUAACUAACGAUGAAACAGCUCAGGCUGACGAGGACGACGAGAUGGAUGUCGUUCUUUUUUCCAGUGUUUCCGGAGGUAGCGGUAUUACCGAAGGUCUCAGUAAAGUGAGCAAGGUGUCGAAAGUUUUGAGGCCCAUUACUUCGGAUGUUCCAUCCACUCAGGAAGAAAGAGACUGUUUGUUUAAUAAGACAGAACCUUCUCACGACUAUGACUGAACUAUCUACGAUGCAGGAGUUGGUCGUAAUGCAACGAUAAUUCAGUAUGAACGAACGUAAAAGACUAGUUUUCUGUCGUGUGAUACUUCAAAAGAGUGCCAGCAGUCAACAAUAACACUUAUCAUGAACAACAUUUGAAAGCUAACGAACGAAAACAAAAAUAUGUAGUUAAAAGUAGCAUCGAUCCUAUUGUUUGGGUUUGUUCCAUAUAUUUUUUUUUAUAGCAGAAAAACCGAUAUUUUAUUUAUCAAAUGGUUACACAUUCUAUUCCUCUUUGUUCUAAACUUGCAGAACGUAUUUUUAAUUCAUUUUAAUUUGGAUUUAAUGUUACACGAGAACCUUUGGUUUCAACAGUUAUCGAAAAAUUUUCUCUUAUUCAUCUUUUUUGUUUAUUUAACACGCAAUAGAAUUUAUUGCGCGUAUACGCAAGUAUAUACAUUAUCUGUUUUCCAAUACGUAACUUCGAAUCGGAGUUUAAAAUUUAAUGUAAUUUACAAAUACCGAUAGAGAAGUAUUAUAGAUAUUGGACAGAGCUAAUCUAGGUGGUUUUAAAAGUUUAAUGUUUUCUAUACGCGAUAUAAUAUGAUUAUACGUUUAGACUCGUACUUUAAUGCAAGCUCAAUGAGAGUAAAUUCGUGUUUUGAUAUGCAUCUUGUUGUAGCUGAUUUUUCUUAGGCAUUUAGCAAAACGGGAAACAUUUCCAUUUAUGUUUCCUAUAAUAAACUUAGUUUUCUUCGAAAGAAGGAGCCGCGCUUCGGCGCUUUAGCAAUCUUGUGAUAAUUGAUACAUCAAACUUGGUGUAUCAUGAUCCAUUUUUGUAAAGCACUUGAUAACCUUUUAUAUAGAAAUAAUUAUUGUGUCAAAAACAAAUGUCAUAUGUUUUAAAACAUCUAUUGUGUCCCAUUACGAAAUACUGUGGUUAUUAUUACUAUUCUCUGUAUUGUAUAUUGUAGUAAUUAUCGUUAUGUCUGUUACUAUUAGUACUUUAUUAUAUGUAACAAAAGGGACACGCAAGAAACGAGGUUUGAGAAAUAAAAUGGAUAUUUUUAUGAAA